GACACUAAAAAAGGUGGCAAAACAAUAAACAAAUGUACAAUAUACACUCAACAAAAAGAAAUUUUGGAUAUAAACAAAUUUAAUAUUUGGAUAAAGCGCGGGAAAAUCUCCUAAAAUAGUUAAAAAAAAGGUUAAACCGGCCCGGUUCAUAGUCAAAAAGUAUGCUCCUCUUGAAACACGCAACGCCCACGUCUUCCUAUCUCCGAGACUCCGACAGCAAGGUUACUUAACAGUUAAUCAAACUAGAUUCGCUUUCUUCCAUCACUAAUCUUCUGACUUUUUCUAUUUCUGCCCCAAAUCUUUUUCAAAUUCAUAUAAAUAACCAAACACUUGUUCUUCUUCAUUCCCCCUUCGUCUUCCUCCUCCUAAAUCACCGGCGAUAAUGGAAUGCUCUGCAACUCCUCCCAAGCUUUAUCCAACCGUCGACACUUCAACCACCGUUGCUCCUCUCCCUAAGUCCUCUUCCUCCUCCUCUUCUACUAAUAAUAAUAAUCUCUAUCCUUCAAUCAAUGUCAAUGAUCUUGUCAACAAUAUCUUCCCCGAUCCCACCGCCUCUGACUCAGCUUCAGCGCCUCCUCUCGCGACGGAGGAAGUGAUUCUCACAAUCCACGGCGCGAUGGUCCACCUCAUUGACAAAUCCUACAGCGUAGAGCUCGCUUGCGGCGAUCUCGAGAUUCUCCGUCUUGUUCAAGGAGAUAUCACCGUCGCGGUUUUCGCUCGCGUCGGUGACGAGAUCCAAUGGCCGUUGACUAAAGACGAACCCGCCGUUAAAGUCGAUGAGUCUCAUUACUUCUUCUCGCUCCGACCCGUUAAAGAAUCCGAGUCAUCGGAUCAUUCAGUCAACGAAACAGAGAACGAGAUGUUGAACUACGGAUUAACAAUGGCUUCGAAAGGUCAAGAACCGAUGCUUGAGAAGCUAGACAAGAUCUUAGCUGAUUACAGUAGUUUCACAGCGGAGGAGAAACAGAAAGAAGAGAACGUUUUGGAUUUGACGGCGGCGAAGGAGACUUCACCGGAGGAGCUGAAGGGAAAGAGGAAAAAGAUGGUGGAGAAGCAGUGUACGGCUUAUUGGACGACUCUGGCUCCGAAUGUUGAGGAUUACAGUGGCGUUGCAGCGAAACUGAUCGCUGCUGGUUCUGGUCAAUUGAUUAAAGGGAUCUUAUGGUGUGGGGAUCUCACAAUGGAUAGACUCAUGUGGGGAAAUGAUUUCAUGAAGAAGAAGUUGUCCAAAGCAGAGAAGGAGAGACAAGUUAGUCCUGGAACUUUGAAACGUCUCAAAAGAGUAAAGAAGAUGACAAAAAUGACAGAGAAAGUGGCGAAUGGUGUGCUCUCUGGUGUUGUUAAAGUUUCUGGAUUCUUCUCGAGUUCAGUGAUAAAUAGCAAAGCUGGGCAGAAACUCUUUGGGCUUCUUCCUGGAGAAAUGGUUCUUGCAACACUUGAUGGAUUCAACAAGGUUUGUGAUGCUGUCGAAGUAGCAGGAAGACACGUUAUGAAAACAACUUCAGAUGUAACUACUGAAAUCGUCGAUCACAAGUAUGGAGCAAAGACAGCACAAGCGACAAACGAAGGGCUUAGCGCAGCAGGGCAUGCUUUUGGAACGGCGUGGACUGUUUUCAAGAUUAGACAAGCUCUUAACCCCAAGAGUGCCAUGAAGCCAUCAUCACUCGCUAAAACCGUAGUUAAAACGGCAGCUAAAGAGAGAAAGAAGGGGAAAAAAAGUUCUAAGUAGGCUAAUGGACGUUGUGUUGUUUGUAUAUCAAUAUCAUUGCCUUGGUACAUAAGCAUUAAACAGACCAUAGAGGUUUGAAAAUAUUAGAUUUUGUUGUGUUGUGUUGUUGUUGAUGCAAAAGUGUUUUGCUUCUUCAAGAAUCAUGAGAUUUAUACAAAUAUUUAUACAAUUUUAGAUAAUGUGUUUGAAUUGGUAACCGCUAAAUAGCAUAUAAAGUGAGUAUAAUUUGUCCCUGAUCUCGCAAGUUUCCAAUAAAAUUGAACAAACCUUUCCAAUAAGUCAUCUGUAUUUGUAUAUACUGACUGAUCCGAUUUAAUAAGAAC